AGGACAUCUCGGCGGACCGUCACCCACCCAAACCAUCAACACUUCACUCCUCAACAGCAUCAUCCGGUGCACCUUUCGCCAUGCAGUCUGACGAGAUUAUUUGGCAAGUCAUCAACCAGCAGUUCUGCUCGUACAAGGUCAAGACCGUCACACAGAACUUCUGUCGCAAUGAGUACAACUUGACUGGCUUCUGCUCGCGGCAGUCUUGCCCGCUCGCCAACUCGCGAUAUGCUACUGUGCGCGAGAAGGAAGGUGUUCUCUACCUCUACGUCAAGACGAUCGAGCGUGCGCACUCGCCGGCCAAUCUUUGGGAGCGGAUUAAGCUGUCAAGCAACUACACCAAGGCGCUAGAACAGAUCGACAAGGAGCUCAUUUACUGGCCCAACUUUAUUACGCACAAAUGCAAGCAGCGUCUGACCAAGAUCACUCAGUACCUCAUCAAGAUGCGGCGACUGAGCAUGACGCAGCAGCCCAAGCUCGUGGGGAUUAAGAAGAAGUUGGAGCGCCGCGAGGCAACGCGCGAGCGGAAAGCUCUCGCCGCGGCCAAGCUGGAGAAGAGCAUUGAGAAGGAGCUGCUCGAGCGUCUUCGUUCGAAGGCGUACGGCGACGCACCGCUCAACGUCAACGAGGACGUGUGGCGCCAGGUCCUCGACCUCGACAAGGGCAAGGACCGACUCGAGGACAUGGAGGACGACGACAGUGUCUUGGACGAGGAGGAGUGGGAAGGCGGUGAACGCGAGUUUGUUGAGGACUCGGACGACGAAAGCGUCGACGACCUGGAGGACUACAGUGGAAGCGAGUUCGACGAGUUCGACAGUGAGGACGAUGGGCAGGAGUUCCCCUCGGACCUCGAGGUGUCGGACGAGGACAACGAUGAAGAGGGAAGUGAUGAGGAGCCAGAGGAGCCUAAGAAGGGGAAGAAGCCACCAGCACCUGCUGCUGGCACGAAGCGCAAGGCACCGCGCGAGCCGAAGCGUGCAGGCAAGAAGCGCCCUCACGUCAACGUCGAGUACGAGAUGGAGACAGAGCCGCUCUCUCGCGAGAUGAUCAACAACUGGUGAUCAACUAUACCUCUAGAUUAUAUACCUCAGGGACCUCUGCAUGCAUACAACACUGGCUGUCGAGAUUGCG